AUGCUUAAGCAAGAUCCAAAGUUAGAGCUCAGCUUUCAAGACUUCCUAGCCCUUCAAAAGGUUGUAUUCGACUGGGCUGACAGCUAUGAUGCAAAGGACUGGGACCGUCUGAGGAGCAUCGUUGCACCUACCCUUACUGUCGAUUACACCGAGAUCGGUCUACGAAGAUGGGACCCCAUGCCGGCCGAAGACUACCUGGAAAUGGUAACUGAGGUUGGAUUCCUCGGAAACCCCACCAUAAAAACCCAGCACCUCAUCGGAGCAACAUGGUGGGAGGUUGUCUCGGAGACUGAAGUCAUUGGGCAUCACCAGCUGCGUGCCGCCCACCAAGUCUAUACCAGCCCUGACUUGAGUGAUGUUAAGCUAAAGGGCCACUCCCAUGCCACCAAUGAGCAUUACUAUCGCAAGAUUGAUGGACAGUGGAAGUUCGCUGGACUGAAGCCUACAGUGCGUUGGAAUGAGGAGCUGUUCGAGGAGGUGUUCCCGGCAACCCAGUAA